CACUUCUAGUUUGUGUGGUAGGUCUGAAUUUCCUGGUGGAAGCAGAAGUUUCAGCUAGCUUUCUUUUUUUUUGACAUCUGUCAGAAGCAGAAAUGCCUCAGAUCUCACAGAAGGCGGAUUGUUGAAGGUAGACGCUCGAGUGUCUGGAAUGGUGAAAGAACCCAAAACUUACAGAGGACAUUUGGUGGGAUAAGGGGAAGAAGGUAAGAAGGAUCUAAAGAAGUUCUAGAAGUUGACGGAGCUCAAGUGGGACAAUCACCGGGAAGGGGCCAAAAAAGACUUCCCUUAUAACGCUGGCAAUGAGUUCUAUUUUGGGUAACAUCUGUUUGGAUGAAUGUCUUAUUCCAGCCUGGGCAGUGCUUUUAACAGCUAUUGUUGCCUUCUUGAUGCUGCUGGCAAUUGUGAUCCUCUCCAUAUGUCUUUGCCGGGUCUAUAAAAGAGUGAAGAAGCUAAAACUGUCACGGAGUGCGUCAGAAAACACCUAUGAAGCCGAUGUGCAUUACGCCGAAUUACAGAACCUCCCGGCUUCCGGCAGGGGCCAAUGUGAUGGCGGAACCAACCCAGAUGCUCAGAACAGUGACUAUGCUACGGUGGCCGUGAUGAAAGACGAUGCCAGGGAGGAAGAUUUUAGCAGUCACCAGCAAAGAGAGGACAGUGGGAUAGAGGAUGGGGUGAGGGAGGAGCAGGUAUCCGUAGAACCAGAGUCAGCUUCAUGUGACUUGGAAUAAGGGAGUCAACCAAGGGACAGAAGCUUUGGGUGUUCCAAAUGGAUGGUAAGUCUCUUGUGUGCAAACAUCUUCCUUCUUGAGAAGCCCAAUUCUACAGCUCUACAGGUAGCCCUCGACUCACAACCAGUGGUGGGAUUCAGCCAGUUCGCACCUAUUCAGGAAAACCGGUUGUUAACUUUCUAAGCAGUUCAGAGAACCGGUUGUUGGAAGAAAUCUUAUUUUGUUUUUUCCCCACUUUACAGAGCUAAUCCUGUAAGGAAGGCAGGAAGGAAACAUUCUGUUGGUGUUUCUAGCCUCAUCUUUAUUGCCCUGCUUACAGAAACUGCCUCUCUGGUUAACCCUUGUUACAUUGUAACAGCUAAGGCGAAGCGCCCAUCAACAUGAGUAACGUUGAGUUGGCCACGCCCACACAGUCACAUGACCACCGAGCCACGCCCACCCAGCUGGUCAUUAGGGCAGGGAACUGGUUGUUAAAUUAUUUGAACCCCAGCGCUGCUCACCACUGUUCGUUUAGUCACCGUUCGAAGUUACAACAGCACUGAAAAAAGUGACACAUCAGCUUUCCCCCCCCACACUUAUGACUGUUGCAGCAUCUCCAUGUUCAAAAUUCAAAUGCUUGGCAACUUACCAGCAGGCCAGGAAUGCUUUGCGAGUUUUUUUUUUUAAAUUUACAUUUAUAUCCCGCCCUUCUCCGAAGACUCAGGGCGGCUUACAAUGUAUAAGGCAAUAGUCUCAUUCUAUUUGUAUAUUUACAAAGUCAACUUAUUGCCCCCCCAACAAUCUGGGUCCUCAUUUUACCUACCUUAUAAAGGAUGGAAGGCUGAGUCAACCUUGGGCCGGGCUCGAACCUGCAGUAAUUGCAGGCUGCUGUGUUCUAAUAACCAGCCUGAGCUAUUACGGCCCAUCGUAACGUUGACAUCGUUUACUAACAUUUACUCAUAUAUAUGUUUAUAUACUAUAUAAUCUUUUUGUAUGAUGUUGUGACUAAAUAAAUAAAAUAAGUAUUUAUGACAGUGGCAGGGUCAUAUGAUCACCUUUUGUGAACUGACAAGCGAAGGGAAUGGGGAAGAUUCGCUGAACAACCGUGUUACUGAUUUAACAACGGCAGGCAUUCACUUAACAAGGGUGGUGAGACAAGUGGUAAAGUGGGGCCUAGCCUGCUUAACAACCCUCUCGCUUAGCGACAGAAAUUUUGACCUCUGUUGCGGUCGUAAGUCGAGGACUACCUGUAUUAUUUAUGCACUUUCUUUUAGUAUAUAUAGAAUAGAAUAGAAUAGAAUAUUUUUAUUUAUAGACCGCCCUUCUCCCGAAGGACUCAGGGCGGUGUACAGCCAAGAAUAAAAUACAGAAAGAAAACAACAAUACAAAACUAAAAACAACCCUUAAAAAACCUAUUUGUUAUGGCUACUUAUAGAUAAAAUAUUACCCUCUAAAAUUUACAAAAAAUUUAAAACCCAUAAAAUCAAUUUGAUAAUUUAAAAUUUGAGUGAGUCCAGCAAGACGAAAUAAUAAAUAUUCCUACGUCUUCUGGAGGUUCCCUCUCUUCUGGUCUCCAGCCACGAUUGACAAACUGGACCAGUUUGGAUGUUUGCAGGGAAAACAAGAGAGGAGGAAUAGAGAUUCCCCCACACACACAAUACGUAGAAUCAUAGAGUCAUAGUAUCAUGAUGCUAGAGAGGACCGACCAUUUGCCCAAGACAAGAAACCAAAUGCCAUCUCAGACAAAUGAUUGUCCAAUCUUUGUUUUAAAGAUUUUGUGUGAUGGAGCCGCCAUGAAGACAGGCUGUUCUACUGGUUAAUGUCUCUCAGGGUCAGGAAAUUCCUUCUUAUUUCAAGUUUGGAUUUUCCUCUAUAAAGCUUCCACGCAUUGUUUUUGUCCUAUUCUGGGGAGCAAUGGAGAAGAAAUCCUCCCCGCCCACUUUCUCUGUGUCAGCCCUCAAAUACAAUAUUGGAAAUACCCCUCCUUAUCUUUUUCUUUAGCUUAAACAUACCCAGUUCGGUGGUGGGAUUCAGCCAGUUCGCACCACUUCAGGAGAACCGGUUGUUAAUUUUCUGAGCAGUUUAGCAAACUGGUUGUUGGAAGAAAUCAUUAGGGCAGAGAACCGGUUGUUAAAUUACUUGAAUCCCACCACUGACCCAGUUCCUUUAGUUAUUCUUAUGAUUUAGUCCAGGGGUGGGGAGAUAUGGCCUUUUUAUCAUGUAUGGACAUCAACUCCCAGAAUUCCUGAGCCAGCCUAACCACUUUUGUGUACUCUUCGAAACAUUUUGUGCAGAUAUGGUAGAAAAGGAGUAGAAAAGCACUUUAUGGAAAGAUACUGCUGGAAUUCAUUCUAUACUAGUGCUGUAAUUAGUCAUGGCUUUUUCUAGCAGACCACUGAUUAAGGAAGGGACAAUCUCCGGGAUUCAGAACUACCCAAUAAUAAUACCCAACACACUUUCGUCAUUCCUUGGACCACAGCUGGCUGUAUUUAUUUUUUAUUUCAUAAUGUGGCCUGAAUUGAAUUUGGAAUUGAAGUGAUAAAAGAAUCUGAGAAGAUACUGCAACCAUCUAAAAUCAAAAGAUCAAAGCUCAUCUAGUUUAGAUUUCUUUUCAUGGUUUCUGGUUUCCUGGUUCCUACAAUGACCAACCUAAUGAUUUAGAACAGGAGUCUCCAACCUUGGCAACUUUAAGACUUGUGGACUUCAACUUCCAGAAUUCCUCAGCCAGCUAAACUAAGCUGGGUGAGGAAUUCUGGGAGUUGAAGUCCACAAGUCUUAAAGUGACCAGGGUUGGAGACCCCUGUUUUAGAAGGCCUCACAAACAAGACAUGGAAGCAAUAUUGAGAAAUAUACAGUAAGCCUCUAAUCUUAAAAUAUUAAUGCAUUGUAGCUCAUAGGUAUUGAUAGCAUUAUCUUUCUAAAUUUGUCCAAGCGCCUUUCUAAACCAUUGAAAUUGAAAACCGCUGUUCCAGCAGUUUCUGACCUUUGAUAUCAAAAUGUUGGUUUGGUAAGGAAGCUGUGUUCACAAGAAACAUCACUGAUGCGAUGCCUGUGGAAUUUUUGAGCAAAGAUUUAAAAAUAAACUUGACUGCUUAUGGGAACUGUGGAUCUUAAUUUAUGGAAGCAGGGGGUAAGGAUUUUCACUCAAGUAGCAGAGUAGUUUGGGACCAGUUUUACUUCCAAUUUCCUCCUAGACAUUUAUAAAAUUAAAGGGAUGUCUUCUAUCAUCUACCAAAUAUUAAGUUUAUUAAAGUACCAAUAAAAUGUGCUUAGAAUACUAUUUCUAGGUAAAAAUGUUUUAAAACUGUCCACCCCCAGUAGAUACCUCUGAAAACAGUAGAAAAGAGGUAACCCGGAAUCUUGCUAAAGCUCCAAAGUGCCUAUUUCUUGAAGGCUGUAAACCUAAUCUUGCGUAGCUUCUUCUCCAAAAACACUACACUACUAACCAGACCAUAUAAAACAUUUGCUAGACCAAUUCUUGAAUACAGCUCGACUGUCUGGAACCCAUACCACAUUUCUGACAUCAAUACAAUUGAACAUGUCCAGAAAUAUUUUACAAGAAGAGUUCUCCACUCCUCUGAAUACAACAAAAUACCUUAUGCCACCAGACUUGAAAUCCUGGGUUUAGAAAAUUUAGAACUACGCCGCCUUUUGACAUGACCUGAGUUUAACUCAUAGAAUCAUCUAUUACAAUGUCCUUCCUGUCAAAGACUACUUCAGCUUCAAUUCCAAUAAUACACGAGCACACAAUAGAUUUAAGCUUAAUGUUAACCACUCCAAACUUGAUUGCAGAAAAUAUGACUUCAGUAACAGAGUUGUUAAUGCCUGGAAUGCACUACCUGACUCUGUGGUCUCUUCCCAAAAUCCCCAAAGCUUUAACCAAAAACUAUCUACCAUUGACCUCACCCCAUUCCUAAGAGAUUUGUAAGGAGCAUGCAUAAGAGCACAAGCGUGCCUACCAUUCCUGUCCUAUUGUUUUCUUUCGUUAUAUCCAAUUAAUAUAGUUAUUACAUACUCAUACUUAUAUAUAUGCUUAUAUAUUGUAUAGUUAUUUCAUGCUUAUGCUUAUAUAUAUAUACUGUAUGACAAAAUAAAUAAAUAAAAUAAAUAAAAUAAAGGUUUUCCUAAGAAGGUAUAUAUGUAUUCAGUGGUGGGAUCCUGCCGGUUUAACAACCGGUUUGGUGAUUGCGCGUACGUGCGUAGUUUUACGAAAACUUACCUUCCGCGUUACUGCUGAUGAGUAACACAGCUGAGGCGCGGCAAUCUGAUCGUCGGAGCGAACCGAUUGGCCCGAACCGGUCUUAACCGAUAGAAUCCCACCCCUGUAUGUAUUUAUAAAAGUUGGGAUGACAGUUAAACCGAGCUGAUGGGAACCACUAUAACGUACAUCCAAGUUUAUGCUGGAAGAGUUUGUACUGCAAUUAAGCAGGCAAGCUGUCCGUGUUGUUGUUAGUUGUGAAGUCGUGUCCGACCCAUUGCGACCCCAUGGAAAACGUUCCUCCAGGCCUUCCUGUCCUCAAGCUGUCCUUAAUGGUAUAAAAUUAUUCUUAGAAAAAGUAAAAUUUUAGUUUUGAGGAAAAGAAAGAAGUGCAAAACUCAUUAUUGGCGCAUCUCUGUAGCGCGAGUUAAAAAAAAAAAGAUUACAACACUAUUCAAAGAAACUUACCAGCAACAACAAAGGAAGUGACAUCUCUCUCACUGGUUUCAGAAAAUUAGUCUCCCAUUUCUUCCUCAAACAGAGAAGACAAUGAAAAAAUAGGAAAUGGUCACAGUUCCUCUCUGUUUUUCUGUAAAGUUUUAAAAUGCAGAAGAAGAAGAAAAUUGGAUACUUCCCCCUCAUCGUUUCCUUCCUACCUACCUCCUCUCUUACACAAACAGGCAUGGUUGCACACAGAUGUGUUCUGAAGAUAAAGUCAGAUAUUCUUCAUGAGCUGCUCCAUACAAGCCUGCAGUAAUAGGAGGUUGAAAAAGUUUUCCCAAAGGCACUUUUUCAAGAAGCAGCUGAGUUUUCCUUUGUUUUUCCUUGAAGAGGUUUCGCUUCUCAUCCAAGAAGUUUCUUCAGUUGAAUUGAAAUGAACUGAACGAAUUGAAGAAGCUUCUUCAAUGAGAAGCGAAACCUCUUCAAGGAAAAAAACAAAGAAAAUCCAUUUUCCUCUUGAACCUUUGGGACAACUAUGAUUGACUGAUGGCUGAGCAUCUCCAUAGUCAUUUAGCUGAAAAUGUUUCUUUGGAUUAAUGCAGUGUCCACAUAUUAGCUAUGGACACCUGGAAGACACAGUUAAGUGCACAUACAAUUAUUUGAGCUGACCUUUUCUUUGAGUCUAGGACAGUGGUUCCCAACGUAGGGCCGCACCCCACAGUGGGGCAAUUUAAUUUUUAAUGGGGGCAAUUUGGAACCUUGUUUAAACCAAGUUAACAGCCUUUUAGUCUUCCUCUGCAUGAAUAGGAGGUCUCUUUUUGAAUAGUAAGAAUUAUAUGUCACCAGGGAGGGGGGGCGGCAUCAGAUUUUAGAGAUGCUUAGGUCGGGCAUGGCCAAAACAAGGUUGGGAACCACUGGUCUAGGGAUUGUGAUCGCACAUUGCGCUAAAUUAUGUUUUUUAAAAAUCCUACCUUUGUUUAAUUUUUGUUUAUAAAAUUUAUAGGGCGCUUAUCUUACCUCAAAAUAACCUCAGGCAGCUUACAAUCAUAAUAACAAAGAUCAGUUGUUUUCUGUCUCCGUCCUCACUUUGGAGUAAUGAGCUGGCCUACAGCCAGUGAGUUCACGGCUCCUAUCAGUCCUGGCCGAGAAAACGCAGCUGCCUGCCAAAAAGUUCAAACAGAUUAAGACUUCAGCUCACUUCGACACGGUUCAGCUAAUUUGCUUCCCAUGGAACUGAGAGCAAUCCCAAAGCUCCUUAUAUAUCCUGUGGGGUGGGGCUCCUGCCCCAUCCUUCCCUUUGAUGACGCUGCCUCUCUAAUCUUCUGAAGCGCGGGUCGAUCCAGGCUUGAUUAGUAUGAUUAUCAGCUGCGUCUGAAGGCGUAGCCUGAGGAAGGGAGGAAUCAGGGGAUGUCAGCCUCAUUACGUCCUCCGACUGGCCUGGUUCUGGCUCCUGGAGCCAGGCCAAAGGAAUUGGUGCUUCUGAGGAAAGCCUUACCAGCCCUUCCCCCUCACUCUCGGAGUCACUUUCGGGCAUGGGGCCAGGUUCGGGGGCUGGAGCCACAAUAAGUUAGUGAAAUCUGCGUAUUAAAAUUAAACCAUGUUUCACAAACUUAGGAGGCACACAAUGGGCUAAGCCAAGAUCCAGGGGAGCCAUACUGCUUUGUGUGUAUUGAUCAUCUCAAGAAGACUGCAGAGCAAACCUGAUGCUACCUACCAGUAGGUAGUUUGAACGGCAACAGACAUGGAGUCCAGGUGUGAUGGAGCUUGAAAAUAUCAAUUGAGCAUCAAAUUGCAUAAUUGUCUGGAGGAAUUUUAUUUAUUUAUUUGUUUGUUUUUUGUUUGUUUGUUUUGUAUGUAUGUAUCAGUGGUGCGUUUCCAAUUUUUUUACUACCGGUUCUGUGGGUGUGGCUUGGUGGGCAUGGCAUAGCUUGGUAGGCGUGGCUUGGUGGGCAUGGCAGGGGAAGGAUACUGUAAAAUCUCCAUUCCCUCCCCAAUCCAGAUGAAGGUUACUGCAAAAUCCCAAUUUCCUCCCGAUCAGCUGGGA